GGAGAGAGCUCCUUUCAGAGCGACCCUCCUUGUCGCCCUCCUGUGAUUCCUUGAGCGCCCCACAACUUUUGGCCUUCCAUUAUUCCAUUCCCCGAGUACAAAUUAUGCCCACCCCUAAUUCUUCACUGCGCAUUCCCUUCCUAGGCUCCCCAGUGAGCUCCCAGAGUAGCCAUACAUAGAAGAAGCCUCCUUCUUCACCAAUUCGAAUUGUUUAGGUGAAACCGUCUCACCCAUGCUUCCAGAACUAGAGAAAGCUCGAGUAACAGAGUUGCAUGUCCGAAUGGACUGCAACGGCUGUGUGCAGAAGAUCAAGAAGGUGAUGCAUGGAAUUGAUGGUGUAUAUGAUGUCUAUGUCGAUUCUGCUCAGCAGAAGUUGACAGUCGUAGGGAGGGCCGAUCCUGAAAAGAUAGUCAAAGCCAUCAAGAAGACAGGAAAGAUUGCCACAAUCUGUUCCCACACAGAACAGGUUGAGCCCAGUGGCUCCGAGCAGCCACCACCAUCCACUGAAGCCGCAGCAAGCAGCAACCCACCAUCCACUGAAGCUGCUGACCAACCUCCAAGCAUGGCCCCUCCUGCCCCACCAGGAGAGCCCCCGCAAGAAGCCCCACCCGAAGAAACCAAAGCCCCGGAAAUAAAUCCAUCACCCGAAGCCAAGGAUGCCACCCCAACUGAACCUAGAGACGUGGAGGAGAUCCACAUGGUGCAUCACUACCCACAGAGCUACAUCUACAGAGAGCACUGGAACCAGUACCCUACUAGUGGACAUGAGAUCAGACAUGAGGCUCCAUACCACGAUACCCACAGCUAUAGCAGCUACAGGCCAUCCCCUUAUGUAACAGGAUAUGGACACCUCCAGUCACCUCCACAGGACAUUAGAUAUAGUGGGGCAGAAGCACACCAUGAUGGUUAUUAUCAUAACCGAGGAGCUGGAGAUGGAAACCAGAUGACCUCUAUCUUCAGUGAUGAGAAUCCAAAUGCAUGCAGGAUAGUAUGAGCAAUGAAUAGGUUGUAAGACGAGGGGUAUGAGGAAGAAGAUAUCAUAGCCAAAGGAGCUGCAGAACUAUACUUCUGCAUAUAUAAGAGUAUUCAUUAAGAAGCUAAAGGCAGUGAUAAGGAAAAAUAAUGCAGUGGUGGCAGCUUUAAACAAUAAAUCUCUAGAUGAGGAAAGAAGAGAAUCGGAUACUUAGCUUGCAGCAGAAGAGAGAAUCUCCUUCAUACAUCUGAUACUACUACAGAUUAAUCUAUCUCUUGCCUAAGAAUCUUACAAAAUCGUGCUCCACUGUAUUUCUCAGUCCAGUAUAUGGAAAAAGAAGCUGCUCUAGAUUUUUGUGAGAAUUCCAACCUAGGUGUUGUAACAAUCUAGUAUAUGAGACAGAUGGUCUAGAGUUUGUUGAGAAUCUCAACCUAGGUGGUACAAGGAGCAGCAACCAUGUACAAACAACUAGUUGGUUAUAUAAUUUGCUAAAUUAUUUUAUUGA